AUUUAGGUAUCUAAUGUGCUCAGUGAAGUGUGACUGUUCGUAUUCAUGUGAGACACUAGUUUAGUUCCGUGCAGGUGAAGUCAUAAUAUCAUUAAUGACCAGUGUUGCUCUCACUGUGUAUGUUAUUGACCAUUGUACAGAGUUGUCGUAGCUGCUGAUACUGGUGACAGAAGCGAGCAGUGCUGCUAUCAGUGAACAGUUCGAAGACCUUCGCUCCGGUUUCACUUGUAGAGACAGUGGUAAUAUUGUCAUCUGUAGGAACUCUGGAUUGAUAUCUGGAGACAGUGCCGACAUCUGUGGUAAUUCUGGAAGCAGAAGAUAAUAUUCCUUCUACUAUAAACACAAGGUCUGAAAUUUUGUAGGAAAGGGCUAGUUGAUCAUAUGAACCCCACUGCUCAGCUACUACUUGUUUUAUUGAGCCUGAAAGGAAAAAAGGAUAAGUCGGCCUCUGUAUCAUUUGAAUGCAGUGAACAAUAUUGUCAUUCGUAGGGGUCCUGACUUGACAUCUACAGACAGUGGUGAUAUCUGUGGUAAUUCUGAAAGCGGAAUUUGUGGACAUCCUUCAUAUUUUAUGACUGGACGGUCAUAGUGGACAGACCUGACAACGUCUCUCGUUGCCCAGGAAUAGCAAAAUCACUGCGUCUACCCACAACAAAGAGCCAAGAUGUUCCAGUUUCCUUCUACCAUUCCAACCGUGACCACAGUGCUGCUAUUAACCCUUACUACAAUUCUGACCGUUACCUCAAACCAGCAAUUUUAUACAGGCAGCUACAGAUCUUUGGCUCCUGGGUAUUCCUACCGUUACCUUCAGGAACCUCCGACAGAACAAUUCUCCUCCACUCGAUGUCUACUGAAAUGUGUCGCAAUUUCUCUAAGCAGCCAAUCGGAAUUCUUCACUUACAACAAUGUCAGCCGUGUUUGUAAGAAUUACUCACCGAAAAAUAUCAUGACAGUUGUCAGCACGAAUGACAGCAACGAGAUGUCCUUCUACAGAAAUAGCCAAUGGAUUAAAACUUAUGCCAUAUCAAUGGGAGCUGGUUCGAAAGUAUAUGAUUCAUUCCUGAAUAUAGGACUUCCUUCAUCCUGGAAUGUGGACGAAUGCAGAGGUACCUUUUGUCCCAACUUCUUCCGGCAUCCUAUCCUGGAUUACUGGAACUAUCUUCCAAUUGAGGAGGUGAAACUGUUGAUUUAUAAAAACAAAACAGAUGUGGUAACUAUAAUAUUUGAUGGACGAAAUACAACCCUUCGAAGCUGGUUCUCUCACGAAAAGUUGAAAAAUUCACCGUGGAACGACCUAGCUUCAGCCACCGGAGUUCAUUUCUCAAUUGAGGGAUUUAGACAUGUACGUCGAUUUUAUAUAACAUUACAUGGUUUUUGUGAAGGGGACAGAGGCUGGUUGACCAUCAAUGAGGGACCACUUCACUGUCAGUUCGAAGAGUCAGAUCACUACCCUUCAAUUCGUUAUUCUGAUACAAAAUCGAAAGUCAUAUGGAACAACGGUUAUGCAUUAGCAGACUCCAUGGCCAUAUUCAUCCGCCUGAGGCAGCAGAACUAACCCAGCACUUGAUAUCCAUUGAUACUAUUGAUGUUGUUAACGUCCAUCCAAUCCAGUUGACCACCACUGGUGAUCCACAUAAGUCACGUUUUACCUUUUAAUAAAGAAUCCAUACAAAUAUUCUAUCCAACAUCGGUCUUUGAAGUUGUGAUUCUCUUUCUCUCAUUCCAGCUGUUGUUGUUGUUCACAUUCACCCAAUCCAGCUGACCACCACUGGUGAUCCACACA